GGCGAUUCCAAUCGUUCCUGUGGUGGUGUCUCAUUUCUGGCUUUGCGCCAGUCGCGGUUAUAAGUAGUUGUCCUGCCUCAAAGUGGUAUUUUCGAAAAGUUGAAACCAAACUUGCAGUGUUCACUGUGUGAGCAUCAUCGGAGCGCCCUUUUCUCUGCAGCCGUGCAUAUGCGUGGUCUGCCGUGACCCCUUGUUUAGCUCCCUUGGACUUUCCCCGUUGUGUGUUUGAGAAGCGUUGUGACGCGGCCAUAUUUGCUUCAAGAGGAUGCACACGACUAUGGCAGACUGUCACGCACUUGAUCGUACGUUUUACUCGUGGUUGCGAGAAUACGAAAGGUAAACGUCAAAGCAAUGACAGCAUGAGACGGCGUCUGGAUGACCACCCAGGAGUGAACUCGUCGAGUGGGGUUUUCUCGUCUGCUGUCUCUGGGGGUUUUCCUCCCCGGCAGCAGCAGCAGGGCCCCACCGCCCGAGCAAAGCCUCAACGCCAGCCGCUCGCCCUCUUACAGGACUCCAUUCACGGUUCCGGUGACAUGCAAGGGGUCCAGUUUACUGUGCAGUCACCCUCUUUCCAGCCUCGCAUUGGCUCAGGGGGGCUGUCACAGACAGGCCACAACCACAGUUUGUCGUCUGUUCACCAUUCUUUAGGCAACCAAGCACACUCAGCUCAAGUGAUGCACCAGUCACACUCUCAGGCCCCUCUACAUGGACCUCAGCAGCAGCAACAACAACACCAACAGCAGUUCCAACGACUGAAGGUGGAGGAUGCCUUGUCGUAUUUGGACCAAGUCAAGUUCAAGUUUGGCAGCCAGCCACAAGUGUACAAUGACUUCUUGGACAUCAUGAAGGAGUUCAAAUCGCAAAGCAUCGACACACCUGGCGUCAUCCAACGGGUUUCGAACCUGUUCAAGGGCCAUCCCGAGCUUAUAGUGGGCUUCAACACAUUCCUACCUCCAGGAUACAGAAUUGAAGUACAGGCCAACGAGCAAGUGAAUGUCAGCAUGCCAGGUUCACUGGUACCUGCUCCAUUGUCUGCGGUGGGAGGAGCAUCAAAUGCAGGUCCUGCCCCGCCCAACAGCUCUCCUUCUACGGCAACUGCUGCCUCUCCUGGCCACGCAGUGCCUCCUUUGGCCAGUGCAAAGCAGCCCAACCACAAUAGUGCUGCAUCCCAGCCGGCUCAUGUGAGCCCAGGUGGGCAACAGGGCUAUUCAUCUGGGGCACCUCCAAACUCAGGAUCUGCCCCUGCUGCGGCCCAGGCAGGUCAGCCGGUUGAGUUCAACCACGCCAUCAAUUACGUCAACAAGAUAAAGAACCGCUUCCAAGGUCAGCCCGACAUCUACAAGCAGUUCCUUGAAAUUCUUCAUACGUAUCAAAAAGAACAGCGGAACCUGAAAGAAGGAAUUCCAACGGGCACAAAGCCCUUAACAGAAUCUGAGGUAUAUGCUCAAGUGGCAAAGCUCUUUCAAAAUCAAGAAGACCUUUUGCAAGAAUUUGGGCAGUUUCUCCCGGAUGCUAAUGGUGCAUCUGCCCAUUCUUUGUUGGGUCUUGUUGAUUUCAACUCUGAUCGGAUGGGGAAUGCCCGUGGCCCAUCACUGUCAUCUGCUUCUACUCCUGCUGUUCCACGGAAAGUGCCACAUUCUGUAGAAUUUGGGGCCUUCCAGCCAUCGAAAGCAAUGAACAAUGAUCAUACUGCUACUGUGAAGAAGCCAAGCCUGGGAAAACCGGGUCUAGGCCUUACUGGAGCUCCUACGAAGCAGAGCCAGCCAAUGAAAAGGCCUCUUCUCCAUAUUCCAUCCCAAGGAUCUAAGAAGCAAAAGAUGACAAGUCUUAAGGACGUGACACUCGCAGAAGCUGGAAAGCAUGGAACGCUCAAUGAAUUUGCAUUCUUUGACAAGGUUCGACGAGCGCUCAGAGGGCAGGAGGUGUAUGACAAUUUUCUUCGCUGUCUCAUUCUUUACAACCAAGAAAUAGUGUCAAGGUCAGAGCUGGUCCACCUCAUAACGCCAUUCUUGGGGAAGUUCUCUGAGCUGUUCAAGUGGUUUAAGGAUUUUAUUGGCUACAAGGACUUGGGUGGUCAGGUGGAACCCAUUCCUAACAAAGUUUCCCAGCAGGAAAGGAUCUCUGGUGACCUUUCGAUGGAAAUUGACUACUCUUCCUGCAAGCGAUACGGUGCCAGUUACCGAGCCUUGCCGAAAAACUAUGUACAGCCCAAGUGCAGUGGCCGCACGGCACUUUGCAGAGAGGUUUUAAAUGACACGUGGGUGUCAUUUCCAUCUUGGUCUGAGGACUCUACGUUUGUGAGUUCUCGGAAAACGCAAUAUGAGGAGUACAUCUACCGUUGUGAAGAUGAGCGGUUUGAGCUGGAUGUGGUGGUAGAAACAAACCUGGCAACAAUAAGAGUGUUGGAAGCUGUGCAAAAGAAGAUGCAGCGCAUGUCAGCUGAGGAGCGUCAGCGCUUUCGUCUGGAUGACACGCUGGGUGGAUCUUCAUCAGUCAUUCAGCAGCGAGCCAUCAGGCGGAUUUACGGUGAUAAGUCUCCUGACAUCAUUGAAGGGCUCAAGAAGAACCCGGUUGUUGCAGUGCCUCUUGUGUUAAGAAGGUUAAAAGCGAAAGAAGAGGAAUGGCGGGAAGCUCAAAAAAGCUUCAACAAGAUCUGGCGUGAUCAGAAUGAAAAAUACUACCUGAAAUCCCUCGACCAUCAAGGCAUCACCUUCAAGCCAAACGAUGUAAAAUACCUGCGGUCAAAGAGUUUGCUCAAUGAGAUAGAAGCUAUUUAUGAAGAGCGGCGAGAACAGAUAGAAGAAGGUGUGGCGGAUGUUCCGUCUGGUCCACACAUGACCUUUGUUUAUCAGGAUAGGUCUAUCCUGGAUGAUGCUGCCAACCUCAUCAUUCACCAUGUAAAGAGACAAACAGGCAUCAACAAAGAAGACAAGCAGAAGAUCAAAGAGUUGAUCCGCCAGUUCAUUCCAGAUCUGUUCUGCCUUCCAAGGGGUGAACUCUCAGAUGACGAUAUGGAGAAAGACGAUGAUAUUGAAACAGAAGAUGGAGAGAGCCAGCCUCUGCCUGGAUCUUUGUCCAAUCACCAAGAGGAAGGGCCUGGUGGGGACGUUCCAAUGGGAGAGGACAGGCAUCCCGGGAAUGACAAUCCAAAGCCUCCCCCUGAUGGAGGGGGGUCUCCAGAAAGCAAUAAAGAUACUGGAGCAUCUCCUAUGCACAAUAUAUACUCGGACGAUUCUUAUUCUCUCUUCUUUGUGAAUGACCAUUGGUACCUGUUCUUCCGGUUACACCACUUGCUGUGUGAGCGGUUGACCAAGAUCUACCGACAGGCCAUGAACUUGGCAGCGGAAGAGGCAAAAGAGCGCAAGGACCGCAAAGAGUCAACAGCAGUUGCCCUUCGUCUCAAGCCUAAAAGUGAAAUUGAGGUGGAGGACUACUACCUUGUCUUCCUCGACAUGGUGAAGAGUCUUCUGGAUGGGAACAUGGAAACAAGCCAGUAUGAAGAUACACUGCGAGAAAUGUUUGGCAUUCAUGCCUACACAAUGUUCACCUUCGAUAAAGUGGUGCAGAAUGCUGUCCGGCAGUUGCAACACAUAAUGUGCGAUGAAGCCUGUCAACGAUGCAUGGAGCUCUUCUUGGAAGAGCAGAAGAGCGGAGCAAGUGGUUUCGCCACAGCUACUCAGAGGGCAGCCAUGGAGGCUGCAUAUCAGAAAAAAGCGGAGCAGGUUUUAACCAAUGACACGUGUUUCAAGAUAGUGCUGUAUCAGCGAGAGGCCAGACUGACGAUAGAGCUGAUGGACACUGAAAGUGAUGCCUCUGAAGAUCCUGUUGAAGUGAAGUGGUCCGAAUACGUCGAGAAAUACGUCGUUGGCGAUGACUCUGUGUCGGACGAGCUUCGAGAGCAGCUGGCCAAGAAGCCGGUCUUCUUACCAAGGAAUGUGCGUGCCCGGCGACAGCAAGCAAGAAAGCAGGAGAAUGACGCAAAGAAACAGCAACCAAGCAAGAGUCCUUGCUUGAACGACGAAAGCACAAAUGAUGAACCUCCUCCGUCAUCUUUUGGCACCAGAGCGAGCAGCCCUCCUUCCCAGGACAAGAUGGAAGUCAUGGAUGACACACAGUGCAAGUUCAACAUCAACUCCUACAAGAUGGUGUUUGUGGUGAACAGUUCCAGUUACAUCUACAACCGCAUGGCACUCUGUAGGGCUCAACAGACGCAUCGAAAGGUGUCUGAACGGAUGCGACACAAAUUUCGUGCUUGGCAGCAGAGCUGGUUGGAGCGCAACGUGAGCAGCGAGCAAGGUGCUUCCUGCCAUGACUGGCUCAUGGGCACACACUAUGAAAACAGCACAACCACACGACGCCUUCAAGAGGCGGACCAUACUCGGCCCCCCUAUGCUACCUACCACAAGUACCGGACAUUGCUCUCUUCAGAGCAUGCGACCAGCUUGUGAGGGCCCCCAGUGUACAGCACCAUGGGCAGCACCGCUUUUAUUUGCCAUCAACUCUGUACAGUGCGGUGCAAAGCCUGCUCUACAUGAACUCAUCAGGAUAUAGAAACCCCUCCUCAUUUCAAACGCAUCGGCGGGGGGUGCACUCUUCAUUUCCUCUGCAGUCCACAGCAUGGAAUGUAGGCUGUAGAGGCAUUGUACAUUUCUCAUCUGAAAACUUUAGCGAUCACACAUGUUGUCUUUUUUUCCCCAGCAUUGUUGAAAUAAAAGAACUUACGAUCCGACUGUUUAAUACA